AUGUGCAGGAACAAGAGCCGACAGGAGCCCCUCAGAGGGGCAGGUACAGGUGAACCUGAGGGCAGAACGCGGACCGGUGCAAGCACGAGGAAACGCAACACCGGGAAUAAACCGAUAAAAGUCGAUCUGCAACAGAACGGAGAGAAGAACCGGCGUCUUUAUACCGCUGGCCGAGGGCGUGGCCCAUUUGCAGCAGGAUGCUGCGUGGGGCAGGAUAUUCUGCCGGAGGGUCCAGUGGAGGCAGUUCUGAGGAAAAACGUCACUUUCAAAACCCUGGUUGAUCUCAAAGACAACUUCAUCACCUUUGUCUGGUCUUUCAACCUCGGGAAUGAGCUAGUACCCAUCGUCACGGUAACGCCAACAGGGGAGACAGUGGCUGAAGGUUACACGGGGAGAGUUCUGGUGAACCGGACCAAUGGUUUCCUGGCCCUGGGGCCUGUGAGGGCGAGGGACAGGGGGUAUUAUUAUGCUACCAUGGUUACUUCCAUAAAGAUGACGACUGCAGAGACCAUGCUCCGAGUCCUGGGAUGCUGUGAGUUGUACGCGCUGCCUGAGGGUCCAGUGGAUGCGGUCUUGGGCAAAAAUGUGACUUUCAAAACCCUGAUUGAUCCCAAAGAGGAGCUCAUUGACAUAGCCUGGUUUUUCAACAGCGGGAGCGAGCUGAUCCGGGUUGUCACCGCGAGCCAAGAGUGGAAGAGCAUUGUGUUGGAGGGUUACAGGGGAAGAGUGACGGUGAACCGCACCAACGGUUUCCUGACACUGGGGCCUCUGGCAGCAAAUGACAACGGGGAAUAUUACGCCAACAUCCUUACCGCCAAAGGUCUGAAGACUGGAGAGACCAAGCUCCAAGUUCUGGAGCCAGUCUCAGGUGUGAGCAUCCGGGCCAAAGAGUUUAACAGCACUGUGGUUCUCACCUGCUCUGCCGAGGGCUCAUUCAUCAAAUUCUCCUGGAUCAAUGAUACCACACCUAUUGUGGCAGAUGAAACACGGCUCAGCAUUAAAGAGGAUGGCACGACCAGUACGCUGACGAUCUGUGGUAUUCAGACCUCGGACCUGGUCGGUCCCAUCUAUUGCACAGCUGGCAACCAUCUGGAGGUGGAGAAGAGCGCCCCCUUCAACCUCACUGCCAUUUUUCCCCCACUUUCAUCUGCACUGAUAACACAGCCUUCAGUUGCACCUGGUCUGACUGCCAGUGUGCAACCUGACCACGUGAGAGAAGGACAGAAUGUGACGCUGACUUGUGACACAUCCCACAAACUGCCCAGACAAACCCCAGUUGUCUGGUUCAGAAAUGGGCAACCAGUGGCCAGACCACCCCGUUUCCAGGCUGGUGCAGAGGAUGCUGGGAAUUAUACGUGUGCUGUUGAAGGCCAAGAGUCAGUGCACAGCAAUGCUGUGUUUCUGGAUGUUCACUAUGCUCCAGUGAACGUAUCAGUUGAGGUCAGCCUCACGGGCGGCCUGCCAGAGGGCAGCACUGUGAACCUGACCUGCAGCAGUGCUGCAAACCCAGCAGCAGAUCGAUACAGCUGGUACAGGAGGACCGCUUCCAGCGACCUGCUCCAGGUGGGCUCAGGACAGGUGCUGUCUUUACCCUCCCUGGAGCUGUCACAUGCUGGACUCUACGUCUGUCAAGCUGGGAACCCGCUCGGAGAAAACAGCUCAACUGAGGUGCUGCUGGAGGUGGAUGUUUCAGAGACUGCACCAGAUCCUGCCGAUCUGUCAGAGAAGGAUGAGGAAGGCGGUGAACUAACGACAUCUUCACAAGUGACCACAUCCUCGCAUGCCACCGUGUCCCCAUACUCAGCUCCGUCCUCACAUGCCAUGACACCCUCACGCACUAUCAUGUCCCCAUUUACCACCAAACCCUCGCACGUGACCACGUCCCCAUAUGCCACCACAUCCUCACAAAGUGCCACAACACAGAAGGACAGGGAUACAGGGCUGGAUUAUCAGGACUUCUUGGAUAUUCAUCGUGCCUGGUUUGAUAAGCUGCAGGUGGAGAUGAUGGAGAUGAGGCUGAGCUUUGAGAGGAGCCUCCGUCAGAUGGAGAGCCGCACACAUUCCCUUCUGUGGUCCAUGAGCAGGAGGCUGGAGCGAAUGGCAGAGGUCAUGGGGCACAAUUCAGCCCCUUCUCACCACAAAACCUUUGUGUCUCUAAACCGUUUGCUGCCCAGCGGCAUUUCAGCCGUGACCCCCUCCAGCCAGCCUCCAGGCAGUCGCCCCCUGAAUCUCCACAUCAAAAGUCAGCGCACACGUGCAGGUCGGAAAGGCAAACGUUCGUGAAAAUUAAGAGCUUGUUGAGUUCUGUUGGUUCUUUAUCUUGUGUUAAAUAAGUUUUUCUUGAGUUCUUUCAGUUUUCAUUUUAAAUAAACCUAAUUUUGA